GUUUCACUUGCAGCUAAAACAUGUAGAGGGUAAUUACAAAAAGUACCUGUAAGGGAGAAAGAUUACCUUUUAAAAUAGGUUAUAUAACCUGAUUUAAAGGGUAAUCUUGGUUCCUACCUGGUGAUGUUCAUGUUAGGAAUGCUUUGGAGUUUGUAAAGCUCUGAUGUGCGUCAGAAAGAAGUGAGCUCCCUGUUCUGUCAUUUUUGGUGUUUAUCAUAAAAACAAACUUAAUUUACCUGUGCAAAAUCCAACUAAAACCUGCUUUUAUGCAAUAAUCUCAACAGCUAUCAACUUGAAGCUCUUAUUUUGAAAAGAAGCCCAGCUAACCGGAAUUCUUCCUUUCAGACGAACAUAGGCGCCAUCUUGACAGUAGUCCUUUAGCACAUUGUGCUGCUGUUUUCUCUUCAGAAAUCAGCGUCUGAAAACAGAAAGCUCUUGUUUCCACGUCUCUGGCUCUUCGGGCUCUCGGUCAUGUCCAGCAUCCAGCUGCUCAGAGUGCUCGUUAACGAGCGGCUGGCCGCGGCCGCCGACGACAUCUUGGAGGCGGUGAAGAAGACCAUCGCGGGCUAUGAGGAGGAGAUCCUGCUGUCCAAACGGGAGAUCCGCCGCCAGCGACGGAUGCUGCAGAGAGAGUCCAGAUCAGAGACGUACGCCGGCAAACACUCAGACCAGCCGCAGCUCGCGCUGACUGUCUGGGACGAGGACUUCCCUGAGGAUCAGCAGCAGGCAGAGGAGCAGUGUGAGCUGGAGUGGAGCCCCGGUCAAGACUUGGAGAAUGAAGAAUCUCUACAGACGGACAAGAACCAGGAGGAGGACGAGGAGCAGCCACAGCACCCGCUUCAGGAGCUGAGGGAGGAGGAAGAGCAGGCGCUGCAAGAGGUUGAAGGGGAGGAGGAUAGCGCCUCCAUUGGGUUCAUCUUCAAGCAUCAGCCCAGCUCUCCGAGCACUAAAGGAGGCGGUGGCGAUCCUCUACCCAGCACGUCCACAGAACAGGAGCAGGCGCAGGAGGAAGUGACUGUGGAAGACAAUGAUGAGGCCUCCUCCAGCUCCUCGACUGUCAACAGCGAUGACGAGUGGAGGGCCAGCGUGGAUUCUCAGAGCGACGACAGCGACAGAAGCCAUGAGUGGAAGCCGAAGAAGAAGAAGGGGCCUCGUGUACCGAUGGCGCCGACACUGCACCUGGCCAAAAAACUCAAAUCCAGAAUCUGCUGUAAAGUGUGCGGGAAAGGCUUCCACGCCAACAUCUCUUUGGUGAACCACAUGGAGAUUCACCCCAAGGACGUCUGUGGCGUGUGCGGGGAACGUUUCGACAGCGAGCAGAGCUUUCACAGUCACGUGAAAACUCACGUGAAAGCGGAGAUCUGCAGCGUCUGCGGGAAGUGUUUCGGGACCUCGAGCAACCUGGAGACGCACAUGAGGAUCCACACGGGGGAGAAACCGUUCCUGUGCAGCGAGUGCGGGAAAUCCUUCAACUGCCGUCACAACAUGGUGCGACACAUCAGGAUACACACGGGGGAAAAACCGUACACCUGCACCAUCUGUGGGAAAUGCUUCAAUGACUACUCGACUCUGAAGCGCCACCUGCUGGUUCAUAUCCGCAAGAAAACCCGCAAUCCAGAAAACUCAUCGGUUAACGAUGACGGCGACAAGGGGCUCAAGACAUCGCAGUCAAAAAAGUCCCGGGCUAUAUGCGAAGUAUGCGGGAAAAUGUUCCACUCGGUGGUUUCUCUGGUGAAUCACGCCAAAAGUCACGCCACAGAUGUCUGCGGCGUGUGCGGGAUGAAUUUUGAUUCUGAGGAAAACUUGAAAAGUCACCUGAAGACUCACAAAAGCGGGAAGGUCUGCGAAGUGUGCGGUAAGUGUUUCGACGGGCACGGAAACCUGGAGAUGCACAUGAGGAUUCACACCGGGGAGAAACCGUUUCUGUGCAAUGAGUGCGGGAAAUCCUUCAACUGCAGACACAACAUGUUGCGGCACAUCAGGACGCACACGGGGGAGAAACCGUUUCUGUGCAACGUCUGCGGCCGAGGCUUCAGCGACCAAACGAGCCUGAAGCAGCACAGCAGCACGCACACGGGAGUCAAACCGUACCGCUGCGAGGUCUGCGGGAAAGGCUUCCACCGAAAGACGUACGUGAGGCUGCACAUGAAGAGCCACACGUCUGGGAAGUGACCGCUGUGUAAAUAAAGAUUUUGAAAAUGAAGAUGUUUUUGAAUUUUAUUGUGAAAAACUGACAGAAUUUAUAUCGUCUUCAUGCAUCAUUGGUCCUGAAUAUAAUGUUGGAAGGAAAAUAUCCAAAGGUGGCUUAUUGUUCCAAAAAUAAGGCGGCUGUGACUCCAAACGUUCCAGUAAUAUUGAGCUCAGCGUGACUCACGGUGAAGGUAAAGACUAAAGGACGACCCACAUUGCACCAAAGAAAGGCAGAGAACACAUUUCUGACUAGUCCGAUGUUUCUAAGGGACAAUUUGAAUUAUUAGACUUUUUAAAAUCUCCAACACAGUUUUGUUUUCUUUUUAAUCACUUAAAACCCAAAAUGUAAAAUAAUAUUAAGUGCCAGAAAAUUAAGAGUUUUUGAAAACGGGCAGUCUUUGAACCAUUUGACAAAUUUCUUUAUAAAAAUAAUUACAUUUUAUUUCCAUAUAUGACUUUUAAUUUGUAUCAUAUUUGUUACAUCUGGGGGGAAAAAAUCACACGGAUGAUGCAGAAGUCUCAAAAACAUCAAAUAUAAUAAACUAGGCAUUGAGGGGUUAAAGCCAUAUUUGGUUAUAGCAGCCAUAAUAGAUUCAUCAGCUUCAUAUUUCUAUUGACUCCACUAGAGUAGCUCCUGGAGUCUGAGAGAGAGAGAGGGGGGGGGGGAAUGUUUUCUGUAUCUCAUCCUGCGUUUGCAGCCCUUCAGUCCCCUCAGCUCCUGUCUCCUUAAGUCCCCACUUGAUUCUGAUUGGCCAUCUUCCAGAAGCUUCCCGAGGGGCAACACUCAGUUUUUGUUGGUGCGUUCUUCUUAGGAGCGUCAGAUUUAAUGGAAGCUUGUUUACGACACUGAAAAAACAAAUUUACCACCCAAAAUUCUGCAUGACGCACCUGAAACUUCCCAGAAAGCUGAUUUUCUUCUGGACGAAGUGUUUUCAUCGUGAGAACCGAGCUCACAGCUCACUGUCAGCUGAGACUGAAGAGGUCACUUGGAUGAAAUGCUUCUUCCCAAUGCUUCUUUACCUGGAUGAUUUAGCGUGCAUCAAAACGCGUCUCACACGUCUGAGAAAAUAACCUGAAAUUUUGAAUUAGGUGUACAUGUCAAAGAAGUUAAUGUUUUUGUUUGUUUUUCAGGGAGGAAACAAAGUUUAAAAAUCAAAUCCAGCUUUUUAGUUUACACACCAAAGCAGAAAUUCUGGUAGUUACGUUGAAAAGCCCCCAUAACGUGUUUAACGCUUUGUUUCAUUAAAUGCUUUUCUGUCAUUAUUCCAACUUCACCCACAUAUAGGUCGAGCAUCAAACACUAACAUCCUGCUGUAACGCUAUCGCAGAAUAUAACAAAAGCUUGCUCUCAGACGUUUUAUCCUAUUACACGGGCGGCCUCGUGGUCUAACUUUGUACUUCAAGCCCCAAACAAACGACAACAAUGUAAUGUUUUAUUGUUUAGUACACAUGCAGGCGGUUACAUGAUGUAAAUCUGUGUGCUUCACAUCGUGCCUCUGACGGACUGAUAAUGUGCAGCAGUUUGGAGUCACGACUUCAGAUAUUCAGUUAAUGUCGAGCUGCUAACUCGAGUUGGUCGAAGCUGUUUGCUGAGAGAUGCCUUCUGUUUUUUGAUGGAGACUAAUUUUUAGAUUUUGUUGGGUUUUUUUUUUUUUAAUCUUUUGCUCAAAUUUUCUUAAUAAACUCUGAGUCAACUUUGGUUGUUUCUUUGCUUAUUUCUCCACAGUGCACAGAUGACCAAAGAACUACAGCGAGUUUAAGAAAAUGUGAUUAAAACCAGUAUUUUUCUUUCUUUUUUUUAAAAAAUUGGGCUUUAUAGAAUUACGCUGGCAUGUGGUUCGCACUUUUGCCUCAUAGCAAGAAGACCCUGGGUGGAGCAGGAGGUGGGGUGCAUCUUGACCCUGGACUGGAUAAGUGGAAGAGGAUGGAUGGAUAAUUACAGAGGUCUUCUUUAUUCUGCUCAGCUUGGCUGGUUAGCUUUUAGCAGUGCUGAAUAAAUAACUUAUAACACAUAUAUAACAUAUAAAUAAACAUUAACACACUUAGCUAAACUCUCUUUUGUAUAUGUUUUUUUAAAUUAUUUUAUUUAAUCCUAAUUAUUCUUUAUUUUUAUGAACUGGUAAAGCCCCAAAAGCUUACAAACAAACAAACUCUUACUGGUUUCGUGUUCAUGUUAAUUGUGUAAAUGCUGUGAGCUACUCACAAUGUUGAGUUCCUGUUUCUCUUUAUUCUUUAUUAUUCUAGUUUGAUUUGAAUUCAAUUAGAUUUUAUAUGUAAUUACUUAAAUGGCACAUUGUAAGUGAACAAAAAUAGCAAUUACUGCUACUUCAUUAAGCUAGCCUGAUUAACCUUUAAGCAGUUAAACAUGUUUGUAGGUUCUUAAGCAAACUGUGUAAUAUUGUGUGUUAUCAUAGUAUUACUGCAGUUAUAUUUUAUGCCAGUCUUUUGGAAUAAAAGGAAUAUGUACACACCUAUACAGGUAUUUUGGUAAGCUUUGGGUUUUGGCAUCUUGAAUCUCUGAAAAUGGAGCAUUUGAAAAACUGCUAGAGAGAAGAGUCUAACAAACUGUUUUAUUUUGAUCUGGAUGGACAGAUUUUGCAAAUUAAAUUUGACAAAAAAAAAUCCUACGUACGUGCAGAUGUAACUCUAGUGUUUUUUUAGAGAACUGCUCAAUUUUUCAGAUUUCUGCCUGUUAGAUGAGACGAUGAUGACACAGAGUCCAAACAAUGGGAACAACAAUAGAAAUCAAAGCAGUGAAGCAAAAGUGCACGAACUUCAUCACUGAUGACUCAUGUGUCACAUUUGACUCGUUGUUCUGGUAGAUUUGAGAAGCCGAGGUUUAAAAACAAGGUUUAUGUGUCAUCAGUUAAUUCCGCCGCUUCCUUUUUAACUUCAUGCAUCUUUAGUUGAUUUGUCAUCUACACUUCCAAUGCUCGUCUCAUCAGGCUGAAACAUGAUUCUUUGUUUUCUACAGUCAGGACUGCAGGUCCUGUGAAGGAGGUAAAAACACAAACCUUAUAAGUGCCUUUUAAUCCUGCAAGAGGU